GGUCUUUAGUGUUUCUGUGCUGCGGCUACGGUCGUGUUUUGGUCAGGAGGAGGUAGAAAGAUGACAGCUAGAAAGUCCGGGUCUCGAUUAGAGACUGAAAUAGAGCGCUGUCGAUCAGAGGGACAAUGGGACAAGAUAGCAGAGCUCGUGCGGCAGAUGUCUGCGAAACUCAUCUCAAACGAUGAUCUCGGAGAGCUUCUGCUGGGGGAGGCCAAACUCCAGCAGUACCUCAAGGAAAACCCCAUCAAGCAGGGAUCCAGUCCCCGCGGGCCCCGACCAGUCCUCCAGGAGGUACGGAAACACUUGACGGCUGCACUUGAUCGGGGAAACUUAAAGCCUGAGUACAUGCAGGAGGCCAGUCUGGUCAUGGCUAAGCUGUGCUACGUGGAGGGUGAUUACGGGGAAGCACUGAAUCAGUACAGCCGUGUGAAUCUGGAUGAGAUGCAGCUGGUAGGGUCUCCAGUGUACAGACUCUCCAUGAUUGCUGAGGCCUAUGCCACCAAAGGUCUUUGUCUGGAGAAAGUGCCCAUGGCGUCCCCGUCACUGUCCAAUCGUAAUGCGGACCGAGACCAGGAGAUCAUCACUUGUUAUGAGAAGUCUGGAGACAUCGCCCUUCUUUAUCUCCAGGAGGUAGAAAAGGCUCUUAGUGUUGGCAUCCAGAACCGAAGUCCAAAGCCCGGUCCGGUCACACAGGAACAGGAACUUGGCUUCUUCCUGGAGACAGGACUUCAGAGGGCUCAUGUUAUUCAUUUCAAAAAUGGUAACCUGACCCGUGGUGUCGGCCGUUUCCGAGAGAUUCUCAGAGCCGUUGAGACCAGAACCACUCAGAACCUGCGUAUAACUAUCGCCAGGCAGCUUGCAGAGAUCCUGCUGAGGGGCAUGUGUGAACAGAGUUACUGGAAUCCACUAGAAGACCCCCCUCACCACUCCCCCCUGGACGAGCUGCUAAGACACUCCCCCCACACUAAGGACUACGCCCUCAGCCGCCGCCCGCGCAUCUACUCAGGAGAAAAUUUGUUUUGUCCUCAGGAGAACACAGAGGAGGCCUUACUCCUGUUGUUGAUCAGUGAGUCCAUGGCUAACAGAGACGCCGUACUGAGUCGAAUCCCCGAACACAAUAAUGACCGAAUCAUCAGCCUCCAGAGCGCCUCACUGGUGUACGACCUGCUGACCAUCGCGCUCGGCCGUCGCGGACAGUAUGAGAUGCUCUCAGAGUGUCUCGAAAGAGCCAUGAAGUUUGCCUUUGAGGAGUUUCAUCUCUGGUUCCAGCUUGCUCUUUCCCUAAUGGCUGCUGGGAAGUCGGCCCGAGCAGUGAAGGUGCUAAAGGAGUGUAUGAGACUGAAGCCGGAAGAUCCCACCAUUCCUCUGCUGGCCGUCAAGCUGUGUAUUGGAAACCUGCACUGGCUGGAAGAAGGUGAGCGCUUUGCUAAAAUAGUGAUUGAUAUGGGUGAGAAGGCGGCUGAAUUCAGGGCCAAAGGCUAUCUAGCUAUUGGUCUCGUCUACAGCCUGAAAGCCACAGAUGCAUCUCUUCGAGGAAUGCAGGAAGAGUAUCAGAAAAAAGCACUGAGCGCUUUCCAGAGGGCACAGAGUCUGUCCCCCACUGAUCAUUUAGCUGUUUUCUACCUGGCGCUGCAGCUGGCUGUAUCUCGACAGAUUCCAGAGGCUCUUGGUUAUGUACGACAGGCGUUACAGCUGCAGGGCGAUGAUGUUCAUUCCCUGCACCUGCUGGCCUUGCUGCUGUCAGCUCAAAAACACUACCACGAUGCUCUCAACAUCAUCGAGAUGGCCCUCAGCGAAUACCCCGAAAACUUCAUUAUAUUAUUCACAAAGGUGAAGUUGGAGACAUUGUGUCGAGGUCCAGAAGAAGCAUUGCUCUCCUGCAAACGCAUGCUGCAGAUUUGGAAGUCCUGUUACAACCUCACCAACCCCAGUGAUUCUGGGAGGGGGAGCAGUCUGUUAGACAGAGCUGUUGCUGACCGUCGUCAGCUGAAUGCUAUGACACUACCUGACUUCAGUGAUCCAGAGACAGGCUCUCAUGCCUCUUCCUCCUUCUCGGGGUCAGAACCUGUAUCUCCUCUUUUUCCUCUUUCAUCCUUCUAUUCUUCACCUCCACCCAAGGCCGAAUCCACCCAGAGGCGCAGCAGCCAUGCUUUCUGUGACCAUGCCCCCCGCCGACGCUUCUCCUCCGCCAGCAACCUUCCAGAUGCUUUCUUUCAUGGUUUUGACUCCUUUAUUGGGGUUUGUUCCGUCCACGCCACCUCCAUAGCAGCGUCCCGGGUGGAGCAGGCACUGUCUGAGGUGGCCUCUUCCCUUCAGAGCAGCGCUCCGAAACAGGGACCCCUCCACCCUUGGAUGACCCUUGCCCAGAUCUGGCUGCAUGCAGCGGAGGUGUAUAUUGGAAUGGGAAAGGCGGCGGAGGCAGCAGCGUGUACACAGGAAGCAGCCAGCCUGUUCCCCAUGUCCCAUAACGUGUUGUUUAUGAAGGGUCAGGUGGCGGAGCUGCGGGGGAACGUGGACGAGGCCAAGCGCUGGUACGAGGAGGCGCUGUCCAUCAGCCCCACCCACGUCAAGACCAUGCAGAGACUGGGUCUGAUAUUGCAUCAGCUGCAGAGGUACAGUCUUGCGGAGAAGAUCUUGCGUGAUGCGGUGCAGGUGAACAGCACGGCCCAUGACGUGUGGAACAGUCUGGGAGAAGUGCUGCAAGCGCAAGGCAACGACGCCGCUGCCACCGAAUGCUUCCUUACUGCCCUGGAGCUGGAGGCCAGCUGUCCCAUCUUACCUUUCACCAUCAUCCCCCGCGCCCUCUGAGACACUCCGAACGCUCACCACCGGCACCAACAAAACCUCUGUCUGAGAGUCAUGCAUGAACCACAGCCCUUAAACACACAAACAAAUGCCAAAAAACCCCCAAAAACUCUUUCCCACCCCCUCCGACGUGUUUACCGGUCCUAAGACAUGGAUCUGCUGAAAAACUCUGAACUUUUCCACACUGCUUGACUGAAUCACUCUCAUUGUUUUUUCCCGUCCUAUUCCUUCCUUCCUUCAUCUGCUAGAAUUUCCACCGGCUUCUGUACAUCGUAGAGCUCCCGCCCACCCUAAAAACCCCACCCUACCCCUUCCAACACUCUCAUUGGUUCGUUUCAUACCACAGUACAAGUGGACCAAUGAGAAACCUUUUCAAACUGUUGUCAGGGUGAACCAGGUGACUGACGCAGUGGUUUCUUCAAACCACCGUGCUUCCCGAAACAUACAAUCUUGAGAUUCUAGUAGCUGUGUGUCGUACAAACCAGUAAUAACACUGACUUAGAGACGGUUAAAAGUGUGUGUACCCAUGCUGUGUGUGCUAAUGGACAGUCAGAGUGUGAGUGUGUGUGUGUGUGUGUGUGUUUUGUAAGUGCUGAUCCAGGAUAUCCCUUCCUAUGUGGCAUGUGCGCGUGUGUUUAUUUUGAGUGGAAUACAUGACACAGUGUUACAGUGGAUCCCUGUUACACAAACACACGUAAUAAAGGUUGUGUUUCCACGCAGUUGUUCCUGAGGGCAGGUGGGUCACCCAUGUUAUGACUCCUAGAGAAACAUUACAUCUCCCUUUGAUCAAACACUGUAUUGUUUAUAGACUGUAUGUACAAAAGUAUCGCCUAGAGCAAAUGGAAUGGAUGCCAAAAGAACAACUAUUCUUAAAGCAAAUAUUUUAUCUGGAUUCUCAUUAAAAGAGAAGAUAAAUCUAGUUUUGGACAUUUCAUUUUGUUUGUUGGUUUAUUUUUCCACAUUUAUCAUGAUUCAGAGGUCAAGAUUUAUAUUGUUGAUUUAUCAGAGACGUGUUAGAUGUUUAUUUAUCUGCGUCCCAGUGGCCGUAUGCUAGAUGGGUGAAGACAUAUUUUUGUGUGUGUGACUGUUACAGAUGGACACGAUAAAUGCAAACUCUCCUCAAAACGGUCAAAGAGAUUUCAGUCAUGCACAAGAGAGGAGGAGGAAGAUAACGUGUGUAUUUGGCGGCUUGGCAGUGUCAAUCACAAGGCCAAACACACAACUGGAACUGCUGUUUUAUGAUGUCAAUAAAUGAUCAAUUGUGAAAAA